AUUUACCUUAAAUGUAACUGAUAUCGUUACAAAAACAAUAGCGAUUGAUACUUUCCUUUUUUUAAAUAAAGGUAUUAAGGUAACAAAUAAUUUCUAAGUCGUAAGUCUAAGACAGCACGAUUGGCUCGAAUACGUGAGUGACACCACUGAACUAGCACCGUUUUUAGUGCCCGUAAGGCCCGUCCUUAGAUAUAUGUCAAGUGUCGGGUGGUAUUUUUAUAUGUUAAUAGUGAAAACAUGCCCUUGUUAAGUUUAUACUUGAAAACCAUGAAAUAUUACCCUUAUUUAAUACCUCUUUAAUAUUAUGUUUAACAUCUAACAACGAUAGCAUUGAUAGCUACACCUAAAGAUAAACUAGAAACACUCAAACUUAAAACAAUAAUCACACGUAUCGUAACUAAAUGACUUUACUUCGUCGUGGAUGUACUGAAGGCCAGUGGAACAGUUAAACUAAACACCAGCAGUUAACUAAAGUGAUGUGAAGUUGACAACGGACUAUAAUAAGGUUACUGCUGUAUGAAAUACCGACAUGGACGGCCAACCAGAAAUAGCAAAAGGCCUCAACUCCCCCGAACUAAAAAGAAACAAAGAAAUCCCCUUCGUUGAUGACUUCAUUGAGCUUGACCAUGUCAAGCCAGGAGAACCCAUUCGACCAAAACGACAAACCAAAGAAAUACAUGCUGCCGAUUUAGGAGAAGUUCAUUCUUCACCAGACAGUGAUACAAUAGUAGUUAAUACCCCUGAAGGAACGCUUUAUAUAACUUUAGAACCAGAUUCAAGCAAAUCUAGUAGAGUUAAUAGUCCUAGCACACAAUCGACUGAUCUCACAUCUCCUAGUACUUCUAAAGCUGCCGAAGAGUCUAUGGCUCUGAUACAGAAUGAGAAGGAUGUAGAAGCGGAACAGAGACGAACGAACUUGAGGAGGAAUUCGAUUUCGAUGCCGACGCUUCAGAAUUUGGAGUUGGAGGUGCUGAGGCAGCAGUAUUUGCAGAAUCCGCAGGAUCAGAUUCCAGAGCAUCAUCAGAGUUCAGCUUCAGCGUUCAGCGAUGGCGACACUCAAGCAGACCACAACGAGACUGACGAUGAUAGAGCCAAAGCACCACUCCGCUCCCCACGCCGCAAGCGCCGCGGACGCAGCGAAUUCAGCAUGGACGACGAGGACUACUCACCAAACAACUCUGUCGUAUCCGUCAACUCAUUGGCUAGUCUUCUACGGGAAAAGUUGCAAAGCAUCCCUCAAAAGAUCCGCAAGAAACCGACCGACUACAAGCUUCGCGCGUUCGUCGGCCUCAUGUUCCUAGCGGUUGUGUUCUUCGUCGGUUUCGCGUACGUGCUAUACCAUCAGCAGGCCAGUAGCCAGGCAUACUUCGACGCAGUACAAUUCAACGAACCAAAGAGGUUGCUGAGAAUUCAUAGUGCUGAUGAUAAUGAGAUACUCAGGGCUAGUCUUGCGGUGAAUCUGCCUGCCAAGCAGAAGGCGUUCCCCUGCCUACCAGCACACCGGCGUCCCGGCUCCGAGUGUCUCGAAUGGCAGCAGUCCGCUCGCUUCUACCUCAAGUGUCUGCCUCAUGACCCUGGCUUAGAUAACACUACGUGCUACUCGGUAGAGUGGCAGGCGCUUCGUCAUGACGUCUACCCCACUGACUGUUUUGACUGGAGUGAUACGAAAACCAAUUGGUACGGCGGCGGACAGGCGGCCAACCUCUCUUGGCCACUGAACAACGGAACCAUCGACUUCACUCCCUUCAUCACCGGGAACAUACAGAAAUCACAGUUUGGAAACGUCCUCACCAGAUACCUCAUAAACUCCAAAGGUGCAGCAGUCAUAAUCGACGAAGAAACUCCAUUACAUAUCGCAAUCAAUAAAGGAAUCAAACAGAUCUGCAUCAAAGCACAACAUGAUAACUUCGCAUAUGCCAACAAACUUACAGAAUUCCCUGAAAUGAAGUACAACAUAUGCACUUCAAGAGACAUGAAAUCGUUGCAUUCUUCAAUACAUAAUCACCAAAGAGCUCCUUUAUGGGAUGGUCUCAAACCAGCAGAUAUGCUGACCUUGGAGUCUUUGAUAACUGAACCAGUCUGGCAAAUAGCACCAAGGUUUAAGCACGAACUGCAAGCAGAAACCAUUUCAAAAUACACCGAAGAUGUUAUCAAUCUAGGCUUCCUAAAACAAGGACAUGUUUUGAUUAAUGAAUUUUGGCAGAACGAGAUAGGUGAUUUAACUGUCGAUACAAGUAGAUUCGAGACGUUGAACAUAACUGUAGACAAACUACAUAGAAGAGGUUUUAAAGUAGCGUUCACGAUCCAGCCCUUUAUAAGCACGGAGAGUAAGAAUUUCGCUGAAUGCGUACAAAAGAGACUGUUAGUUAGUGAGCGAGAAAGUGAUAGAAGAAUACCAGCCUUAACCAGAUUCAAAUCCUUAGCAAGCGCUGGCAUGCUAGAUAUAACUAAUAACAGAACAGUUCCAUGGUUCACGGAAAAGAUACAAGCAGUCAUAGACAAAUAUCACAUAGAUUCUUUCUACUUAGAUUUAGGGACAGCUUACGCUAUGCCAAUGUACUAUCAAUGUGAAAAGCGAUUGAUUAACCCUGAUCAAUACAAGACCAUCUUCACGAAGACUUUUGAGAAAUCACUAAACAUCAUUGGAGUAUCUGGUGCCGUAUCGCUACCGAGACCGCCUAUCUUUGUGUCACUACCGCCAUUUGAGUCGUCUUGGGAAGCGUUACGCUCGGUUAUACCAACGAUGCUGACUUAUGGCAUUAGUGGAUACCCCUUCAUUAUGCCUGGAGCUGUGGGUGGAGACAUCUAUUGGCCGGGUAGCGAGCAGUUUCUGCCUUCUUCUAAAGGAUUACUAGAGUCAAAUGCAACAAGCACAGAAACCAAAAAGCUGCCAGAAGUGGAGUUGUACAUGCGCUGGCUACAGAUGGCGACGUUCCUGCCCGUCAUGAAGUUCACGCACCUGCCCAGUAAAUACAACGACGAAAAGGUGCUGGAGAUGGCGAAAAACUUGACGGUGCUCAGGCAGAAGACGAUAACCCCUCUCCUCCUAAAGUACAAGCGCGAGGCCCUUGAAGAAGGCCUGCCGUUGAUCAGACCUCUAUGGCUAGUAACCGGCGGUGACCCCUUGCUGGUGGUGAAGGAUGAGUUCGCGAUCGGAGACGAUAUUGUGGUGGCUCCCGUGCUUUAUCCGGGGCAGACUACUAGAGAAGUAUACCUCCCAGCGGGCCUAUGGGAAGACGGUAUCGACGGCUCCAUGCGCAAGGGCAGCCGAUGGAUGCACGAGUAUCGAGUACCUAUCAACCGCGUCGCCUAUUUCAAACGUUUACCUAGUGAUUUACGUUUUCGGUAGCCCUAUCUGACCUGAAUAUAGACUUUAUUUCGUCAAAAUAAGGGUUACAUUGUCAGUGAAGUGUUAUCCAUGCGUUGGAUGCACAUGUACAGGGCUAUAACCGUGAAAAUCGAAGUUCGUCUGUAAUUACGUCUUAGUGAGAGUAAAAGGGAAGGAUCCCCGCAAUUUGCGAAUUUCGGUUUUCGCUUCGUGGUAGGCCCCCAGAGUACUGUACGGCUACGCUACCACGAGCUUGUCAGUGAUCUAACACUGACAUAUUUGCGAACGUUUGCGUAACUUCCUUUAUAUACAUCACGCUUGCACUAUUAUACGAGCGAAAUGCAUAGUAAGUAACGCACACGCUCGCGAAUAUGUCAAUGUCAUGUCCGUGACAAACUCAUGGUAAAGCUACCGAUGAACAGCGUCACCUAUUUCAAACGCUUACCCAGUGAUUUGCUUUUUCGGUAGCCCGAGUGACAAAGACAAUGAGGUAUAUCUGGCUAUAAUUAGUUUAUAUAGCUCCAGCUUAUGCAACAAACGAAAUAGAGCAGAAACAAGUUUUGUAUGAAAAACUUAAAUUCGAUGUAUUUUUACAGUACAUAUGGGGCUACUUUAUAGCACUAGUGCGAGAAGUAGCAUAUUACGUUACUGUGUCGAACAUUUAAAGGGCCAUAUGUACUGUAAAACGUUGUACGAUACAUGUGCGAAUAGGUAAUUCGCAACUCGUGUCGAUUUAAAACACUCCCUUCGGUCGUGUUUUAAUUUAUCGCCACUCGUUUCGAAUUUCCUAUUUUUCGCACUUGUAUCGUAAUGUACAAUAAACUAGGGUAUCUGAAGCUACAUAAACUAACUACAGGCAUAUAUACCUCACAGCUCACACACACACACACUGCCACACACCACUGGCUCACACUCACACACUGCCACACACCACUGGCUCACACACACACACACUGGCUGACAGUUCAGUUUAGUAUGAAACAUUUAUUUCCAUUGAAAUUCCGCAAUAUGGCGUGUCACCAUAUAUUACUGGUCAGGUUUUUCAAAUCAAAUGACUCUAUGUGUUUUAUAUUGACCAAUAUUGACGAAACUAAAACUUUAUUAAGGUGAAAUAUGCCCAGGCUACCUACCUAUUAAUUAUUUAAAGUUCCGAACGAAUGAUAUUUGAUAUUAAAUGGUAGCAGAGAUUGGAAACUGUACCCCUAGUGUAAAUUUUAUCGACAUCAUAACGUGACGAACGCGUUUGCGUUAAGUCUCAUUUUGUAUAGGAUUUUGAGUUUCCAAAACGUCCCGCUUGGCGCGCUCUUUCUAAAUCCAAUACAAAAUGAGACUAAACGCAAACGCGUACGUCACGUUUCAAAAUCGAAUUUAUUUACACUAGGGGUACUGGUGUAUGUCAGAAAAGUGAUAUCGUACCACAAAUCGGCCUGGGCAUACCUCGCCUAAAACAAGACAGAGACGUGACAAGAGAAAAUUAGACAAUGGCAGUUUAAAUUCGUAAAAAUAAUAAGAAAUAUACAAGUCCGUCCACUGCGAAAUAUAAAACUACAACAAAAUUUCAUUGUCACCAAACUUGGAACGGUAUUCAAAUCUAUUGAAGUUUUGAUAUUGAUAAUUAUGAAUAAUGAUUGAAUCAAGUUCGUAUUAAUUAAAACAAUAAGAAAUUAUUUAUUUAUUUGUCGCACUUGUCACAUCCCUUCAUCGAUCGAUGUUGUUAUAUUGCAGAAUUGGGGAGGUAGCAUAAUUUGAUAGUCAUAAGUUUUUUCUAUCAUAUUCUUCUGUAUAUCUAGUCUUAAUAAAUAAUUCACCGUUAGCAUUUGUGCCAUUUAAUGACGUUCUAAAACAAAAAUUAAAACAAUGUUUCGCUUUCAAAUUCAUUCUAGUAUUAUAACCGAUUUGCAAGACCGAAAUGAUUCCAUAAGGCCACCGAUUACCAGUUCGCCGGACGAUAUCGGCCUGUCAGUUUUUCGCGAUUGUCAGGUUUUGCGAAUAACCGACAGACUGAUAUCGUCCGGCGAACUGGUAAUCAGAGGGACCCAUUAGCCAUUAGUAAGCGCUGGUGGCCUAGCGGUAAGAGCGUGCGACUUGCAAUCCGAAGGUCACAAGUUCAAACCCCUGCUCGUACAGUCAGCAUCAAAAGUAGCAGAUGAAACAACGCGCCAAAAGUAUCUGAUAUCCCGAAUAACUUUUCCAAAAAUUCGCGUUAAAAAGUAUAUUUUUUACAGUCUUAGUUGUUCUAUGUUGAAGACAUCACUUUUUGUUAAGCUGUUACAGAAUGGUAGAUACUUAUGAAGCGUUGUUUGAUCCGCUAUUUUUGAUGCUGACUGUACCUAUGAGUUUUUCAGAACUGUACGAAAUAUCAUUUGAUAUUUACCAGUCGCUUUUCGGUCAAGGAAAACAUCGUGAGGAAACUGGACUAAUCCUAAGGCCUAGUUUAGCAGAGGGGUUGGAAGGUCAGAUAGCAGUCGCUUUCGUAAAAGCCAGUGCCUACGCUAAUUCUCGGGAUUAGUUGCCAAGCGGACCCCAGACUCCCAUGAGCCGUGUCAAAAUGCCGGGACAACACGAGGAAUAAGAAGAAGAGUGGGCCCCAUUAGAGUUCCGUCAAUAAAGUUUUGUACGGAGCUCUAAUAACAGUUACAAUAAUUCCGGUGUUAGACAUUUAUAUCUCAUAUAAGAAUUACUCAUUCACUUACAAUGAGAAAUAUUUAUUAAACAAGAUAUUAUAGGUAAUAUUGUGUAACAAGAAUAACAUUCUUUAACUUCAUUGUGUAGAGGAAUGUUAUCCUUUUUCCCACGCGUCAAUGUUCUAUAAGUAAUUCCUUUUUAAACUUUUUGUCAUAUUUAUGGUCCAUAUUGAAAAUAUUUAUUGAUCAUUGUUUGUUUUUCUUUCAAAAUUUAAUAUUAAUUUUAAUUUUGUAAACUUAAAACCCUAUCUCUUGUAAAAUAUGUUUAUUAGUUAAUAUGUAAGAAUGUGUAUAAAAUUAUGUAUAAGUUAUAUAUUUACAUUUAAGCACCUACCUACCUACACACCUAUACGCAUUCCAAUGAUUAUAUUCCUCAAAUUAAAAAAAAAAUGUGUUUAUGUUUAUUAAAUAAUAAGUCUUUGAUUCUUUAAAAUUAUUAGAAAUAACUCUUGUGAUAAUAAUAAAUAUUCUAGAAAAAUACAAUAGUUAAACUAAGCGUAUUUUAUUCACUAACUAGCCGUAUACGACAAAAUGUGAUUACUUCAGCCAUUCCAAAGUUAGUUAUUAGGUAAUAGUAUGAGAUUAAUAACUAUUAGAACAAUUCAUAUUGAAAAAAAGGAAAUGUUUAGAAUUAGUACUAUGUUAUUUGGCAUAAAUAAUUAAAUAGUUGUAUUCCUCUUAUACCUAUUGUAUACAUUUCCCGCACCUACUAUUUGAUCUCUGUUUUGCCCAAAGGUUAACGGAUAGAUAAUACCUUCUGCCAUUAAGUUCACCUUUUGUACAACUUUUACUGUGCAAUAAAGAUUAAAUAAAUAAAGUAAAAUAAAUGUGAGUUUUUACCACAAUAAUAUAAUAUGAAGUGUUGAAAGUUCGUAACACAAAAUUCAAGGAAGCAAAAUGAAGUCUUCUCACUCCUAAAGAUGAAGUAGAAGUACCUGUUUCGUAAAAUUCCCAAUAAUUUAAGAAUGUCGUCGACAAUUCUGGAAAAUGUCUCAAGUAGGUAAUUGGCGUUUAGGUUUUAGACCUGUACCCCUAGUGUAAAUUUGAUCGACAUCAUAACGUGACGAACGCGUUUGCGUUAAGUCUCAUUUUGUAUAGGAUUUUGAGUUUCCAAAACGUCCCGCUUGGCGCGCUCUUUCUAAAUCCAAUACAAAAUGAGACUAAACGCAAACGCGUACGUCACGUUUCGAAAUCGAAUUUAUUUACACUAGGGGUACAGAAUGUUUCUGACAUAACAAUUAUCGUGUACAUACGAACUCUGUGAUGGUUAAGAAAAUUGUCUUUAUAUACUUUUUGUGAUUCUAUGCAUUCCUUUUUCUGCGUGUUGAUGUAUUAAAACGAAUAUAUAAGUAAUGUACAGUCAGCAUCAAAAGUAGCGGAUCAAACAAGGUCUCAAAAGUAUCUACCAUUCUGUAAUAACUUAACAAACAGUGAUGGUUUUAUAUCUAGAACAAUCAAGACUGUAAAAGAUAUACUUUUGAAUGAAAAUUUUAGAGAUUUAUCUAUAUUUGGGAAAGUUAUCCGGGAUGUCAGAUACUUUUGGCGCGUUGUUUCAUCAGCUCCUAUUGAUGCUGACUGUACCUAAAAACUAAACAUGUAUUAAUGAUAAAUGUGGUAUUUUGCUUAUUAAAGUGAUGUGAGCUUUGA